AACUUAAAAAAUAAACGUUUUUCAACAGUUGUUUUCCCUAAAUUACAUUGACCAUAGGUGCUUUUUUAUUUAAGAUACCAUCUCCUGUUCUCAGUUCUCGACCGGUUGUGGAAAAAUCAGGAAACACCGGGGACGAGUUCGCUGUAUUAUUAUUUAUUACGUGCUUAGGUAAGCUACGUGACUUACUUUAAAAAAAAAAACCGAAAAAUCCCAAGACAUCUUUGACCCUAAGGCCAAUUAUUGUUGAUAUUCGCACCCGACCAACUGGCGGUGACUAAUAUUUGCAGUGAGACGGUCUUCGGCGGAAAGACCAAAAUGGAAAACGCCUAAAAACAAAAACAGGUUUCCAACCAAACCCAUUGCCAAUGUCAAGGACGAAAAAUUGCGCGUUGAAAGACAAUAGGCGGGAAAACUGUGACAGUAUAAAUUGCACUUGUGUCUGUGUAAAUUCUUGCGUGCUCAUCGAUUUUCCCUCAUUCACAUCCAGGUGUAGUCCGAAGAACAGCAGUUACCAAAUAGUUCAGAACAAUGGCGUUCAACAAAUACAUUUUACUGCUUGUCGUCUUAACAAUCUCACUCGCUAUCGUUGGGGCUAAUCCAGCAUUUAACGGAGGUUACGGAAGUGGUUACAGAUCUGGCUAUGGUAGAGGAUACUACAGUUACCCUGUAGUAUAUUAUGGUGGAUAUAACAGUGGUUAUGGACGCGGUUAUGGACACGGUUAUGGACACGGACAUCGUGGUUAUGGUCACGGUCGCGGAGGUUACAAUUACUAUGGAUAAUCUCAAAAAAUGAAAUGAUUGUUCAACGUAUUAUGCUUGUUUUUUAGACAUUAGUAAUUACUUAAUAAUUGUCAUGAAGUAUCUUUCUUGUCAGAAGACAUUAUUUGCCCAUUACAAUAUAUUAUGUUACUUUUUGUUAUAAUGCUAUCGACCUCUAAUUUGGUGUUUUUAGUCAUCAAAAUAACAAACAUAUUGUAAAUUAUGCUUUGUUACCUUUUAUUCGUGUAAAACAUUUUUCAGAUAUAUGUAUGUACCGCUAAUAAUUUAGUAAGAUUA